AUGGCGUUGGUGAAUUUUAGUUUGCCCUAUCAAUCGGUUACGAUGGCACCGUUUCUUUACGCGGGCUCAACCGGAGGCUACACGACCGCCAACAGUCUUCGUUUGAACACCGUGUUACCAUCGGGAUCUAUGAUCGGUUAUGAUGAACGGCAAAACUUUCGUAACGAGCCGAUUCGUACUUCACCGAUCAAGUACCAUCAACGUAGUCAAUCUGCGCAGCAGAGGAAUCAUGAGAUUUAUACGGAACACACGUCCUUUUCGACACAAAAUACCCAUUACUCUGAGUAUAAUCAAGACUUUAGAAGAACGCAACCGAGGCAGCAACAACAGCAACAGGUGAGACCGCCGCUUGCCUCAUCAUUUCAGUAUCAGCAAUCGCCUGAACACAUCAAAACUCGGAUAGAAGAGCAACAAAAUUAUCCAGAAAGACCUAUCAGUUACACAAGUGUCAAUAGUGGAAGCUCCAGCGGUCCAGGUACUAAGACUUCGGUCCACGCCGUAUUGGAUUACGACGACGACUUCGAUGAUUACUAUGAUGACGAAGAUCAUGACAUACCGAUAAAUACGCAUGUCACGCCUAUCCAGGGUCCAAUCUUCCUGAAGAACAAUUCCGUGCCUGUGGUACCUCUAUAUUCAUAUCCCCAACUGAACAACGGGACGUUUUUGCAAAUACCGAUAUUAUGGACUGCGCUUUCGGUAGUUUUGGGUGCUGAACUGAGAGGAGACUUGGUACGAGGCGCACCAUGUAUCAAGAAACAUCAUCAAUUGUUCUGUCCGACCGCUGGAAACACAUAUCCAAUAGAACGAAUAGAACGUUUUAUUGAUGAAAAUAAAGCGUUAAUGAAAAGAAUGUAUGGCGAUUUUGAAAUGAAUCCAGAAUAUAGAUCGAAUGAACGCGGACAUCGUACUAAGACACAAAGAAAAAGUAGAGAAGCGCGGAAACACGAUAUUUUGGAUGGGGGACCGAGAGAUGACUCGCACAUAGAGAGCCAGUUUAGCGAUGAGUAUUUUAGUAAGAGUAGAAAUACUAGACAACCUUUCAGAAAAAAUCGCAGCACAGAAAGUGGCAGAAUUGACGCGUGCGAAUCGAAAGUUGAAAUAGUAACUCCUUAUUGGGCAAGCAACAGUGCUGGAAAGAUUCGCGCAAUUGUGAAUACUCAACAUUUUGAGCAAGCGAUACAUCAGGAAGUGUGCUCAAAAACACAAACAAAUCGAUGCAACAGAGACUGCGGAUGCGAGCAAAAGUACAAAUGGCACAGAUUACUAGCAUAUGAUCCAGACAACGACUGUAAGGGUAUAUUCAUGGACUGGUUCCUAUUCCCCUCUUGCUGCGUAUGUAGAUGCGAUCCUGUCAACAAUAGCAAGUUCUCAUCAUCUGGUGGUCGAAGUUGAUCUAGAAAUUAACAUAGAGAUUGACAAGCUACGAAAUGUGCCAUGUAAAAUGUAAACUCUGAUAACUAAUUCAACGCAUUUAAACAAUAAGGACCGAUGACAUCCAGUAACUAUAGUUAUAUAUUAUAUAUAAAUAAAAAGUAUGUAAUAGGUAGGCACGAUCAUUUGCAUAUCGGCUAAUUUGAGCGAUCUACCUAAACAAAUCUUGAUUAAAAA